AUGUGCAAAGUCUUCCCAUCCAACUUGGGAGAAACCGGACUUCGAUGGUUCGAUCGACUCCCUGCUGGAUCGAUUCAUGGCUGGAAGCAGCUCUCCGAAGAGUUUCUAGCCAGAAAGGAGCAGGAGGAAACGCUGCGCAGUUACACUAGGAGGUAUUGGGAAGAGUACAACGACCUGGAGAAAAAUGUGUGCAGCGAGCAGAUGGCCGUUUUGUCUUUCAAACAUGGUCUGUGCCCGGAAAGUAAGUUGAGACAAUCACUUACCAAGCGCCCGGCCACAGCAUUGAAAGACUUGCGUGCCAGGAUUGAGCAGUAUGCUCGCCUCGAAGAUGAUCAGAUCCCCAUCGAGGUAGCAUCAGCAGAACAAACAGCUUGGCACAAGAAGAGAACAGAUCGAGGAGAGCACCGAGGGAUCGCAGUGAAUGAAGUGGAUAAGUCCAAAUCUCACGAAGCCGUCAUAACCGUAUUCAAAGAGCCGAUCUAUCGAAUCCUGGAAAAAAUCAAGAGAGAGCCCUUCUUUGUCUGGCCACCGAAAAUGUUGGGAGAUCCGGCUCGGCGCAAUCAGAAGCUCAGAUGCACCUAUCACCAAGACGUGGGGCACAUGACUCAGAACUCCAGGGCACUAAAACAACACUUGGAGGACUUGGUAGCAGCUAGGCACCUCUGGGAUUACAUUGAUCAGGAUAAGAAAGUGACCGAACCGGGAACCCACCACCAGAACCAAAUAUUGAGCACCCACCUCGGUUGA